AUGGUAAGAGGAGCAGAGUUGCCAGGAUUGAUGCACGAGAUUCUGUUCUUUUCUCCUCAGCCACUAUUCUCCCAUACGAUGAAUAUGAAGAGCAGAUUACACACUAAUUCUAAUAUAAGGACCACCUUUUUCUUUGAAAUUGGCAUUGGGGUCUCAGGCAAUAGCUUCCUUCUCCUCUUCCACACCCUCAAGUUCAUUCGUGGGAAUAGGUCCAGACUCACUGACCUGCCCAUUGGUCUCUUGUCCCUAAUCCACCUAUUGAUCCUAAUUGUUAUGGCAUUCAUAGCCACUGACAUUUUUAUUUCUUGGAGAGAAUGGGAUGACAUCAUAUGUAAAUUUCUUGUCUACCUGUACAGAAUUUUGAGGGGUCUCUCCCUUUGUACCACCAGCAUGUUGAGUGUCCUCCAGGCCAUCAUCCUUACUCCCAGAAGCUCCUGCUUAGCAAAGUUCAAGCACAAAUCUCCCCAUCACAUCUCAUGUGCCAUUAUUUUCCUGGGUGUCCUCUAUAUGUUAAUUAGCAGUCACCUCUUGGUAUCCAUCAUUGCCACACCAAAUGUGACCGUGAAUGAUUUUAUUUAUGUUACUCAGUCCUGCUCUAUUCUACCCUUGAGUUACCUCAUGCAAAGCAUGUUUUCUACACUGAUAGCCAUCAGGGAAGUCUUUCUUAUUAGUCUCAUGGUCCUCUCAACUUGCUACAUGAUGGCCCUCUUGUGCAGGCACAAGAAACAGGUCCAGAAUCUACAAGGUACCAGUUUUUCCCCCAAAACAUCCCCAGAGCAAAGGGCCACCCAGACCAUCCUGAUGCUCAUGAGUUUCUUUGUGCUGAUGUGCAUAUUUGACAGCAUUGUCUCCUGCUCAAGAACUAUGUUCCUGAAUGAUCCAACAUCGUAUUCUAUCCAAAUUUUUGUGGUGCACAUCUAUGCCACCAUCAGCCCUUUUGUGUUUAUGAGCAGUGAAAAGCAAAUAGUGAUCUUUUUGAGGUCCACAUUUGAGAGAAUAAUAAAUGUUUGA